AUGGCCGACAGGAAGCCCAAGGAAGGAGUCAAGACUGAGAAGGACGAUCAUAUGAAUUUGAAGGUGGCGGGGCAGGAUGGUUCUGGGGUGCAGUUUAAGAUUAAGAGGCAUACGCCACUUAGCAAACUGAUGAAAGCCUAUUGUGAACGACAGGGUUUGUCAUUGGACAUGGAGGACAAAGAUACAAUUGAUGUGUUCCAGCAGCAGACAGGAGGCAUCUUCUAA